AAAUCAGUUGCCACAGCCGCUGAACGGGCACUUUUCAUUGGAUUACAGAUUACAACAACAACUAACAGUCAAAUAAAACAAAAGUUGAAAUGAGGAGGAUAUUUAAUCCCACUGAUACAUGCAGUAAAGAUGUGUAGACCAAAGUCACCAUUUUGUUUCUUGUUUGAAUUAGUGACAGACAUGUGAGAGGCACAUAGGAAGUUACAGAUCCUGUCAGAGAUGCCUCCUGGAGAGGAGAGGAGAAAAUCCAUCUCUGUCAAAGAAUGUUUUAAUGAAAACAAUUGACAUAGCAGCACAUAAAACUUCCAAGUAAAGAACAUAAAAAGUGAGAUGUAUUUUGUUUCGAAGAAAGCAGAAUUUGAAACUUAAAGGAUGGAUAUAAGUUACAUGUAGUCUCUAACCUAAUUAAGUCUUAAAUUAGUGUUUAAUUGGACAAUGGUGACACAGAAUGCUAUAUAUGGAAAAUAUGGUCGACCACAUCAAUGCGCAUGUUAUAGACAGCUUGUGUUGCCUCCUAUAGACAAGACUAUGGAACCAUGUGCGAAAAACACAGAAAUCAAAGACCUUCAGCAGCUUCUUGGUUAUAUCAAACUACCCAUCAGCCACAAACAGCUUCCAUCAAUCACACAAGAAAGAAAGAAUGGAUCUCUGGAAUGUUGUCAGUGGCCUUCACCUCAGCAAAGGUCAGGAGGUCAAACAUUGUCAGCAGAAGACACAGCUUUACAACAGUUCAGUUCCAAAUACCAUGCUGUACGGAAUUUCAGCCAGCAUGCACAUCAUGCCAAAUUCCUCGAAGUAUUCUCCGCCCUGAUCAAAUACAGGCUCUGUAACAGUGACUGGAUGAUUUGGGCAGCACCAGAAAGUAUUCUCCGCAUGUUAAUGUGUCUCCGUAUCCUCAUGCGUGACUCCACAUACCAGAAACAUUUCUUCGAGCUGGGUGGGGUAAAGCAGUUGUCAGAAUAUUUCAACAAGGCAACUGACAGUUAUCUCUAUUUUGGUGACACACCCUGUAUGGUGGACAUUCUCAAAGAAAUGACCAACAUAUUCCAGAAGCUGUCGUCAGUUGUUGAACAACAAGAAUGGUUAAUUGCCUGUGGUGCUCAUAGGUCUCUGGUGUUACUGCUCUCUUCCAAUGAUGUGAUUGUAUUACACUGCUCUCUCCUGGCCCUCAUCUGUCUUGCUCAAAGUCCACAGCCUCGUUUGAUGAUCGGAGAUUUGAACUGUGUGGAACAACUGCUAAGAAUAAUACAGGAAUAUGACAAUGUUUCGAAAAAACAUGCAACUCGUCUUCUAUGCCUGUUGUGCCAAGACAUGCAUACACGAGACGAGAUCAAGCUACAUGAUGGUGUUCCGAUACUUCUCAGUCAGCUGGUGUCAGAUAAUGCUAACAUGUUGUGUCAGGUGGUCUGGUGCAUUGCGACAUUGUGUGUGGACCAGGACAUCAGUAAAGAUGUGAGACAAGUUGGCGGUAUUCCUCUCCUCUUAUCUCUAUUACAUGAGCGGACAUUUGUUUCUGAGAGAAAUGAGGCAAGUGGAUGUGCUAGUGCCAGUAUUCAUAGUCGAACAUUGACACAAGAUGAUGUAUUUGAUUUCUCUGCACAAGCAAACAAAAGUCCAAAGACAAAGGCUGAAGAAUUUAUGGAAACCCAAUACAAGCUAAAACAAGCAUGUUGUGGAGCUCUAGCAGAACUUGUCCUGAAUGACACCAAUGCCCAGCAGAUUGCCCAGGCUAACGGCAUCUAUACAAUUGGCUUGCUUAUACUUCCUCCCUGUUCUGAGUGCUCGUCCAGAGAACGGAAAGCAGCCCAGUUAUUACAGAGAUUUGCCUUUCGGACUUUACGGUUUCUGUUCAGUAUGGAAAGAAAUAGACGACUUUUCAAAAAGUUAUUCCCGGCAGAAUUAUACACAAUGUUCAUUGACAUAGGUCACUAUAACAGGGAAUUAUCUGCAUAUAAACCAUUGGUGCAACAUAUUAACAGUUUCAGUGUGGAUGUAAUUGAUUCAAUACGUGAAAACAUGAUGGAAAUGAACCAGAAUAGAACACCUACUCAUUAUAUAAAGGAUUAUGCUGUGUUUGAACAUUUAGGCCGUGGUGCCUUCGGUAGUGUGUAUAAAGUCAGAAAAAGAGUUGGUCAGACAUUUGUGGCUUUGAAAGAGAUUGAUUUAAUGAACCCAGCUUUAGGAAAAAGUGUAGAUAGAGAUAAAAGUGUUGGUGACAUGAUCAAUGAACUUCAGAUAAUGCGGCAGGGUAUACGUCACCCCAAUAUCGUACGAUACCAUAAAACAUUCCUUGAAGGCAAUACAUUGUUUAUAAUCAUGGACCUUAUUGAGGGGGCACCAUUGAAUGAACAUUUUAACUCCUUGAAAGAGAAGCGGGACACAUUUUCUGAAAACAGGAUAUGGAAUAUCCUUAUACAGAUGAUUUUGGCACUGAGGUAUUUGCAUAAAGAUAAAGGUAUUGUACAUCGAGACCUCACACCUAAUAACAUUAUGCUGGGAGAAAACGAUAAAGUCACUAUCACUGAUUUCGGUCUUGCCAAGGUUAAAGGUACAGAUACCAGUAAAAUGACAUCUGUUUGUGGAACUAUUCUAUACUCAUGUCCAGAGAUGGUUGAAGGUCACCCGUAUGGAGAGAAAGCAGAUAUCUGGGCUCUAGGGUGUAUCCUGUAUCAGAUGUGUGUCCUUGACCCGCCUUUCUUCAACACAAACAUGCUCACUCUAGUCAAGAAUAUUGUUGAAGGAAAGUACAAGUCUAUACCUGAUGGUUUAUAUUCUCAAAGACUGGUGGACACUGUGAAGAGCUGUAUUUGUCCGUCUGCUGACAAGAGACCAGAUACUGUACAGCUUGCGGGAGAAAUGUCCGACAUGAUCCUUCGUCAUAUGGACUCCCUUCAGUCAUCGCAGCUCACCCUGGAACGUAAACUCGACAGGGAGAGGAAAAGAACACAGAAGCACUUUGAGGAAGCUAAUCGGAAUAUGCAGAAGUACCACAAAAUCUGUCACAUAACUCAGGAACGUUAUGAGAAACUUGCAAACUUGGGGGGCAGUGGUGGUGCUUCAGGGUUUAAAGACGGGAAUAUGAAUGACAGUGCAUACGACUCCCAGAUUUCUCCAUCUGUUAACAGUCCAGAGGACACCGAGCCUGGUGGUUGGUCAUCAGAUGAUGACUCCUGUCCGAGUAGCGAGUACGAGAGUCAGAGCCGUGAGAGUAGCGCAGGCAGUACCCGCAGUGGAAGUCAGGGACUGAGACGAAACAAGACUAUGUCACAGCUACCACCAGUACCGACCCCUAGAAACAGAGAGAGUUACUCUCAGCAGUUGACAGUAGACAUUCCAAAUAGUUCUAAGAUAAGUCGAGACUCUGGCUUUGGUUCUGGUGACCCCAGUCCAGUUCAAGGUUACUCUCCCAGUAUGGCGAAUGGGGAUCACACAUUACACCACAAGGAAUUUUUUCGAUCAAAUAGCACUCCCACUCCGAAGGGACAGACAAAGAAAUCAAAGACAAGUAAGCGGCCCAAGAGUGCAAACACAGCAACAUUGACAAUUUCGAACCGACGUGUGCGUCAGAUCAGUGACCCAAUUACACAAAUGUUACAUACACUGCACAAGAUUAUCUAUAUAUCCCAGCUCCCACCAACCUUGAACCCCAACCCGAAGAGGAGAGUCAUUGAGAGGUUCAAGAGGGCUCUGUUUGGGCCACAAAGUUCAUCUUUCAACCUUAAAGGAGAACUUCAUAAGUUGAACACUGGAUCAAGAGAGAUUAUAGAUUUGAACUUUGGACCAAUUGGUGAAAGGAUUAGUUCAGCUGGCUCUGACUUGAGUCUUGGAUCUAAAAGUCGCAGGGGCUCUUCGUCAAGUAUUAGCUCAGCUGAUGGUAAUCAAAUGAAUUCUUCCAGCAGGAAAGGAAAAACUCCACGAGAGAGGGAAGAUUCCUUGAGAAGACGACAAAAUUCCUCAGAUCGGCAAAGAGGAAGUAGUAGUGAAAAAAGGGUCAGCUCCGCAGGAUCGGAUUCUGAUUCCUCGAUGAGUUCGACACUAAAAGCCAUGACGCCGAGGACAUUGACUCUAGAUUUAUCCGUUACACACCUUGAUCAUGAUGACAGUAUUACUUAUGAACAGUUACAGUCAAUGAUAGAAACAGUAUUAGUUGAAUGUGGAUACUACAGUGUUUCUCCACAGGGAAGGGAGAAAACUCCACCACAUGGAAGUUUUAUUUCCGAAUCAGUGAGAAGUCGCUUAAUGGCGUCUUCAAAUUUAACUUAGCAAUUGUGUUAAAUACAAAAUAAACACAGUCACAUUAAAUAUAUGUGACUAACAUUCAAAACUGUACCAGUUAUUAUUUCAGGUUUCUUUUUAUUCGUGGAAGAAACAUUCUCUACCUGUCAGAAGUUUCAUCAUUUUACAUAUACAUCAAUGUCACACAGGUUUUAUAUAUAUGUCUGAUUAUACAGGAAGACAGUUGGAUUUUAGUACUGAAUCAUGACUCACAAGGGAAGAGUAUAUAUACACUACAGGAGGUAACUCUUACAUAUUUAUAUAAAUAAUGUGAUAACAAGCAAAGUUCAAAGGAUUAUGUUAUAAUUUAUUCAUUGUUGAAGCAUUCCGUAUGUUAUUUUGUGCUAAAGUUUGUUGAAAAUACGUGUUUUGAAGUUUUAUAUAUUUAAUGAUAGAUAUGUUGGACAAAUUUAUUAACAUUUUGUUACCUAUGGUGAACAUAUUUAUUCAUAAGUUUCGAUCUUGAAAAGAUAUAUAGUUGUAAUUUAUUGUAGUUAUAUUUAAUAAAAGAUAGUGUGAUUUGAUUCAAUCAAAGUUUUAAAUUGUAUAUACAUGUAUCAUCAAGAAAUAUCAUUCCAUGGUAUUGUUACCUGUUGAUUUAUUGUUAGGCAUGUGCAUGUAGCUUUUUUUUCUGGGGCAUGAUAUUAAAGUUAAACAAAGUACUUAAACCAAUGUCAAAAUUCACAUAUGUAUUAACUCACAGAUUUUUAGCAAACAUGAAAAAUUUGUUUCCUACUUUGAUCUCUAUUUUUCUAGCAUUUUAACAACACUUAACAAUUCAUGUGAGUUUUUUGUACCAAAGGUACAAAUUAAAACUGUGAAUAAUUACAUUACUUAUUGCCUGUUGUAUAUUUGCUUAACUGAGACUCAGAAUUAAAUCCAUCCGAGGUUUUAUUAAUCUAUAGUCUAGUGUAGUUUUAUUUAUUUUCAUUGGCUUUAUUUAUUUAUUGAUUUAUUUAUUCUGUCUACAAUCAAAGACUUUAGUUUACAGAAACCGUCCAAGAAAUUUUUGUGCUGUUUAUUUUAUGCUUAUUUAUUUUUAAUAACUAAUGUUCUAAAAGUGCAUGUAGGUUUAGAUGUUUUCAUUGAGUUGACUAGAGACAAACCUUGUCUUGAUUGAUAAAUUUUGCUUGAAUAGCUUGACAUAUACCUUAGAUAUCUCAGCAUACUGCUUGAACAUGGCAAUGUAUCACUUGAAAGAAAGUCUCUAUUUAUUGCUUGAAUGUCCUUAUAUACAGCUUGAAUAUCUCGGCAUGUUGCUUGAAUAUUGCAACAAAUUGCUUAUAUAUCAAUUUCUUGCUGUAAUAUUGCAACAUACUGGUAUAACUCGAGUAUUGCAACAUAUUGACUGAAAAUCGCGGCAUAUUGCUUGAAUAUUACAGCAGAUCAUUAAAUUUUGAAUAUCUCAAUGCUAUGCACGAAAAUCUCAACAUUCUCCUUGAAUAUUUUAACAUAUUGCUUGAAUAUCACUGUACAUUUUGUAUAUUGCUUAUGUCUACAAAAUGUGAUAUUGUUAUUAGGCCAGUGAGAAUUUAUGAAUAUUGUGUACAAUUUCUAUUUUAAGUUAGUAUUUCAGUUACUUUCUAUACUUCAUUAUGAAUAUUUCCUUCUAAAAAGUUUGUAUCACAAAAAAACUAUGUGCAAAUUACACAAAAAUGGACAAAGAACUUCAUAUUUAAAAUCUUGUUAUAUACCAAAUUUAAAAAAAAAUUAACAUUUCUUUUGUUUUUAUCCAAAGGGAUAUUGAAUGUUCAGACUCUAGUUUUCACUCUUGUUUUAUUUUAUGAACGUUUUGACUUCAUAUUAUCACAUAUUGAUGUUCUUUUUAUACACAAAAACCAUCUUACUCUGAAUACAGUAGUUCUGCAUCUGAACACACGGUGUAUGUGAGCAGUGGGCUGGGUUGAAUUGUGAUGUGUGUCUUAAAUUUUUGGUAAGUUUUAUUUAAUCCAUUGAUCAAAAUGUCUCAGUUAUUCCGUCCAUUCCAUAAUUUUGAUUUUUACAUGAUUUUUGUGUGUGUCAUCCUACAUUUUACAUUAUGUAUAUGUGUAUAUCUCACUUUUUGACAUUUGUUCAAAAAGUAACUGCAUUAUGGAUUAUACACGUAACCAUUCCAGCUUCAAAAUGGUAAAAAGUGUUACUUCUCUUGCACUUUUUAUUGGGUUGUAAGGCAAGCUGAAUGAAAAACUAUUUUUACUUUCUUUUCUUUUUUAUUAGUUCAAAAAAGACCUGGCAUUAUUCACACUGAAUGUAAUGUUUUAAAGCACUAUCUUAUGAAAGUGUAGUCUUAAUAAGUUUUAUUUAAAAAUUGUGUUAAAAUCUAGAUGCAUACUGUAAAAUAUUUAAUAUUUAUGGGGGGACUAAUUUUCAUGGAUUUCAUGGACAGUUGAGUAUAUAUAUGUAAAACUCGCACUAUUUUGUGUUACAAGGUUGAAAUUCAUAUCCAAACAAAAUUUUAUGCCUUCAAAUUUCAUAAAUUCACAGAACUUCUUGAAGAAUAUAGUAAAAUUCAAAACAAAUUAUGUACCCAAGGAAGUCAAAAUGUUUGAGAGCAUUACUUUGCAAUUCUGUCAUGUUUUAUGAGGGAAUUAUCUUUGCAAUUCUGUCGUGUUUUAUGAGGGAAUUAUCUUUGCAAUUCUGUCGUGUUUUAUGAGGGAAUUAUCUUUGCAAUUCUAUCAUGUUUUAUGAAAACUGUCUCAGAGUGUACACAUUAUUUAACUUGUUAGUGUUAUAGUUACUUGAUCAUGGUAUUUAUUAGUAGAAUAUAUAUCUGUAAAUAUAUUGUUGAAUGAUUGCCUUAAAUUCUAUCAAUGCACAAAUAAGUUAUAUCACAUUGUUAAUUUGUGCAAAAUGAAUCUUGAAAAGAGAAUAAAUUAUCAAUACACACUG